UUGAUUUUUGAUUGGUUAUUUCAGAUUCUAAUUUCUUCCCCCCCCUUUUCUUCAUUUGUUUAUACGCAAACGUAAAUUAAUUUGCAUGAUUUGUUGGCCUGGUAUAGGGUUUCAGAAUUUCGUUAUUGCUUUGCUCCCGCUCUUUAUCUCCCUUCCCGCAAUAGAAUACUUGUUUCCUUUUUCGUUGGAUAAUGGGUUUUUGCUCUCUUUUUGUAUUACUUAUUUUGGCGAGUUGGAAUUCUGACAUGGAGGAAUUGAAGGUGCUGUGCCCUGUUUGGUUUGUGAGAAAAAGCUGGGAAUCAUGUUUUUUUGUCGAAGUAUACCAAUCCGGUUACAUGAUUGGAACUGUGGAGAAUAUGAGAUUUUAAUUUGCUCUGCAUGUGUCUAUUUUGUCAAUUCCUGUUGUAUGUUCUAGCGGAUGAUAAUUAUGUCUGGGAAAUCGGAAACUAAAAUUUGAACUUGCUGUUGCCUAGUCAGUUCUCCAUUUGUCUUAUAAUGGAUUCAUAAAUGGUUUCCUUAUCUCUUUUGUUGAUCUUAAUUUCUUACUGGAAUGAAAGAAAAUUUUGUUCCAACUCCCCCUUUUCCCUUCAAGAAUUUAUUUUCCGUUGGUCUUGAUAAUAGCCGCCUUUUGAUAGUCACGAUUUUUUUUUUAAAUUCUCUGGUAUAUUUUUUAUUGUACUACUACCAUUCUUUUAGAAUAAGUUUAUAUCUGGAGUUGAUUCUGUAGAAAUUUUCAAUUUUUUUGUUAAUUUAGUUCUCCAACACUAUCCAUAUUACAAUUCCAUUCUUGGUUGUGUUUAUUUCAGAAAAAAAUUCCCAUUCUUGGUUCUGGUUGGCUUGUUGAUUUGUAAAGAGAGAAGUGUACUCUUCUUAGUUGGUUACAUCUCUGUAUUUUCUUCUCAUUUUGGAAGCCUUCUCUGUAAUGAGGCAUUUUGUUGUAUGUUCUCAUAAGUUGGAUCGAACUUAUUUGAUCGCUUAGCGCUACUGAAUUCUCUCUUGGUUGACAGAGAAUUAAGAAUUGGCAUUUGGUUGAAGAAAAUUGAAGAAUGCAACAAAAAUCUGAAAGUACAAACCGGGUAGAGCUUGGUUCUCAUGCUAUUCCACAAACCGUAGUAUAUUCAGAACCUUGGUGGCGUAAUAUUGGUUAUAACAUAUCCGGAACAGGGGGUAAUGCUUCCAAUUCAUCUUCAAUGGACUGCCCAAAUGGUUCAGAGUCAAAUGAUGGUAAGUCGCAGUCUCAUAAUGAUGGGUUGAAUGGUGAAGAUGAUACAAACAAGGAAUCACAAGCUACGGCAUCUUCACGAUCAGUUGGAAAUUCUGGACAAAAACCUUCAAAUUUGGGACAUGUUGCAUCAACUAUACCCAUGACUCGUGAUGAGUGCCUCUCACAACCUCCACAGCUUGAACUUGUUGGUCAUUCAAUUGCAUGUGCAUCAAAUCUGUACCAGGAUCCAUAUUAUGGGCGAAUGAUGGCGGCUUAUGGACAUCAGCCUCUGGUUUAUCCUCCUUAUGUUGGGAUGCCUCAUGCUAGAAUGCCUCUGCCUCUUGAAAUGGCACAAGAACCUGUAUAUGUGAAUGCCAAACAAUACCAGGGGAUUCUGAGGCGAAGGCAGGCACGUGCAAAGGCAGAGCUAGAAAAGAAGCUGAUCAAAGUCAGAAAGCCAUAUCUCCAUGAAUCUCGGCACCAGCAUGCUAUGAGACGAGCAAGGGGGAGUGGAGGCCGCUUUGCAAAGAAAACUGACUGUGAGGCGUCGCAACACACAUCUGAAGAGAAGGGUACGGGUUCUGGUCCUGGCCAGUCAUCUCACUCCCCGACUUCAUCAGGUUCUGAGCCGUUUCCUUUCGACACUGCAGGGACCCGAAAUUCUUCAGUUGGUCAAAAUGCAACAAAAGGAUCUCAGGUGCAUGACAUGCAUCGAAUGAAUGGCAGCAGUGGAUACCAGAGUCAAGGUGGUUUGCAGGCGUCGACAUAUCACUCACACUUGGGAGAGAGAAGGGAUGAAGGGGACUGUUCAGGUCAGCAAUGGGGCAGCAUGUCCUCCAACCAGGCAUCUCAAAGACCUCUUGCCAUCCAGUGAUCUCAUUACCUGAGGUGGGGUGCCAUGCCAAGAUCGAGUAAUGGAACCCACCCAAGUAGUGAAGGGUGAAUCACCUGGUUGGCUGGGACCUUAUACCUGGCAUUUUUGUUGCCAGGCGGCAAAUCAUUCUUGGCUUUGGUUGUGCUUUUGGUUGUGGGUAAAGUAGGUAAAGAUGAAGGAGGUGGGUGGCUUCCUUUUCUUCCUUUUUGUGUUAUGGUGCUCCAGUGACCGUCAUUCUUCCCAUUUUUGCGUUUUGUACAUAGGUAGGUUGUGUCUCUUAUGACAUCUAUAACUCUAUUAGCCAUAUAUUAUGGGAGGAUUUUAAACAGAACUAGAAGCAUUCGUAGCUCUUUUCUUAAUAGAACUGAAAUGUCUGGUCCAUGUUUCUA